UGCGCAGUCCCCUAGACGAGCGGCCAUAAUUAGGUUAAUGAGUCGUAUAAAAUGAUGAACUACAAUUAAUUUCUGUUAGAUUCUAGCUGAGUGGUGUCUAGUCAUUCACAGUUGGAGUUACAUUUUUGGAUUCCAAGAAAUACAUGAGUAAUUCUUUUUAUUCAAGUGGUUAACGAAAUAAAUUACUUUUUUUUACAAGAGUAAAGGAAAACAGUCAGAAAAUUUAUCUGGAACAGUCCAGAACUUAUUUUAUCCCAAGUGGCAAUACAGCCGAUAGUUUUUGGCGUUGCUUCACAAUGGCGGACCUAAACAUCACAAGCGACAUCGCAUCCAGUAUCCUCACCAACACAACCCAAAUCCUAACCAUCACCGGCGAGGACGGGGAUUGGACGGUGGCGACCAGGUUCCAUUACGUCAUGAGCGCCAUCAUCGGACCCAUCUUGUGCAUCCUGGGAUUGGUGGGCAACAUCCUGUCCAUCAUAGUCUGGUGCCGGCCUGGGAUGGUCAGCUCCACGGCAAGAUAUCUGACAGGAAUGGCUGGAGCCGACAUCGGCGUGCUGGUCAUGUUCCUCCUGUGUGACUCACUGCAGGCCUGGUACCCUGACGUCAUCUACAGCCCCAGCUACGGCGUCUUCUUCAGCUACAUCGGGUACCCCAUGCUGUUCUUCACAGUGGUUCUCAGCGUGUGGAUCAUAGUGGGGGUCACGGUGGAUCGGUACAUCAUGGUCUGCUGGAUUACGAGUGCUAAGAAAUAUUGCAACGAGAGACGAGCCAAUUUGGGCCUGUUCCUCAUCACCAUCAACUCUUUCAUCGUCAACGCGCCACAUUUCGGCUACUUCAAGCACGUCGACAACAGCCAGGAGGACAACAGCACCGACACCAAACCUAGGCCAUCCUUCGAGAAGACCCGCUUCGGUGCCGGGGAGGGAGGAGACUUCUACGAGUUCUGGAUCCACUGCAUCAUUUUGAUCCUCAUCCCCUGGUUCUCCGUUCUGUUCAUGAACAUCAAGAUCAUCAUGAAAAUCACCGAGUCCAACAGACGGAUGUCAGGGAAGAAGACGCGGGAAUCCAUGAAGAAGUGCAAGCAGUCGGAGAACCAGAUCACCAGACUUCUGCUGACCGUGACCUUCGCCUUCCUCAUCUUCAUCGGCAUGCAGUGCAUCAUCCAGUGUUUUCAGAUGCAGCAGCCGGAGUGGGCUGACAAAGCGAAACUGUCGUCUGCAUUUGCCUUUGCAAAAGUCGGAAUCGUCUUCAACUCGGCCUUGAACUUCCUCUUCUAUUGCUUCUCGGGGAGACGCUUCCGGAUGGAGCUGCUGAAACUGCUGGGUCUCGUGGAUAAGGACGCCCAGCUAUCCAGUCUUGUGGAUCACACCUCGUCAUCCAUGAGCUCGGCAAGAUCCACAUCCAGCACCGGCAUCUGAUGAGUUGACGGACAGCACCGGCAUCUGAUGAGUUGACGGACAGCACCGGCAUCUGAUGAGUUGACGGACAGCACCGGCAUCUGAUGAGUUGACGGACAGCACCGGCAUCUGAUGAGUUGACGGACAGCACCGGCAUCUGAUGAGUUGACGGACAGCACCGGCAUCUGAUGAGUUGACGGACAGCACCGGCAUCUGAUGAGUUGACGGACAGCACCGGCAUCUGAUGAGUUGACGGACAGCACCGGCAUCUGAUGAGUUGACGGACAGCACCGGCAUCUGAUGAGUUGACGGACAGCAUCUGAUGACCUGACGGACAGCACCGGCAUCUGAUGACCUGACGGACAGCAUCUGAUGAACUGACGGACAGCAUCUGAUGACCUGACGGACAGCACCGGCAUCUGAUGACCUGACGGACAGCAUCGAUACCGAUGACGUCACGUGUUCAGAUGUUGAUAUGAAUAUGACCCCAGCGAUAAGAAUGACGUCACAUGUUUACGAGUUGAUAACACCAGGGAAUGGAGCAGAAUUUUCCUACAAAAUCGCGAAAAUUACAUAUAGUUAAAUAAUGGUUAGAUUUUUUAAGAAAAUCUACCAGCCCUGCCCCGAACGAAAUGGAAAUUAAUUAGAAAAUAUAUACUUUUAUCAGUGUC